AUGGUAGAGUUUGAGCAUGACUGGCCGUUGGCAUCAGCUUUGAUUGAGAGAUGGAGACCUGAGUCCUAUAUGUUUCAUCUUCCAUGUGGGGAGAUGACUAUCAUCUUGCAUGACGUGGCGUACAAGUUGGGACUCAAGAUUGAUGGUGAUCCCUUCAGUGGCUGCAUUGGUGGAGAUCUGGAGGAGGACACGACUGAGGAGCGCCUGUUGCACUACACCAGAGAGUAUAUCAUGCAGGUGAUCAGAGAUAUCCUAUUUUCGGACGCCUCUAACUCUCAGGUGCACAUCAGGUGGCUGCCUUUGCUAGAGGACCUUGACACAUGUGACAGGUUAUCAUGGGGCUCGGUUGUGUUGGCAUGGCUGUACCGUCGGAUGUGUCGUGUCACGGAGCACAGUCAGCACAAUUUGAGUGGUUGCGUCAGUUUGCUACUCUACUGGGCAUAUCAUCAUAUUCGACUGCUACGACCGAAUGGAUUUGAGACUCGUCGAUUUGAACUAGUUAAGAGGUGGGUUGAGUACCAUCCAGAUAAUGACAGAGGCAAGAACAUGCUUAGACAUUACAGGCGUACGCUGAAUGGGAUCGGCAUCCUCUAUACAUCGUACACUGACCUACAGUUGCAGGAUGUAGUUCCACCAGGGAUAGCUCUGUAG